AAUGGCUUAGUUUCCAAAUUUGACUUGAAUGCGACCCACCCCUUCCAUUUCAUCGUUCUAACAGUGACACUGACAUCUGCAUCAGGUGACUGCUUAUAUAAAUAUACAUAGACAUCGAAAUGUUACCCACAAAGUUGAAUAAAUGCCCUCGCUCUUAAUUAAUCUAAUAAACAGAAAAGUAGUACCAUGUAAGUUCUAUCGGAGAUUGAACUUACGUAACCUGAGCAAUAGUAGCAUGUCGGCGGCAAUACAACCGUUCAAAGGGCUUACGGAUCGAUUCAAUGGCGUUACUGUCGACUCCCAGAAGGAAAACUGCGAAUUGCCUAACUUUCUUGCCACUUUGGAGGAGUCAAUGAAGGUAUGGGAAACCAGCAAAAAACGUGGCAUUUGGUUUAAGGUGGACAUUCAGCAGUCGGAUUGGGUACCAAUCUUGGCUAAAAAAGGCUUUAAUUUUCAUCAUGCAAACACUGAUUAUGUUAUGAUGUUUAGAUGGCUUCCAAAGGAAGAGAACAACGUUCCAUCAUAUGCUCAUACAAUGGUUGGAGUUGGAGCUGUGGUGGUGAACGAUAAAUCUGAGUUGUUAGUAGUGCGCGAAAGGUAUGGAUUUACCAACUGGUGGAAGCUACCUGGCGGUUAUGUGGAACCUGCUGAAAACAUCGUUGAUGCGGCAAUACGUGAAGUAUAUGAAGAAACUCACAUUAGUACGGAGUUCCAUUCAAUGCUUACUAUGACACAAGCUCAUGAGCGAAUGUUUGGUUGUUCUGAUCUCUACUUCAUUGUUAGUUUAAUACCAACUUCAACCGACAUAGAGAAAUGUGAUAGAGAAAUCAGUGAAUGCCAAUGGAUGAAGAUUGAUGAAUACUUAGAUCACGACUCAGUAACCGAAUUAAAUAAAUUUUUUAUUAAAACUUAUUUAAAUUAUAAAUCAAACUGUAUAACAAUUAAUUGUAAGCAUGGUAUACAUUCAUUGCUGAAAAAGGCGUAUACUGUUCAUUAUGCAACGAAAAUUGAUGAGAAGUAAAAAUCUAUUUUGCUA